AUGACGGCAAACCUUCACACUCAUGCGAAGAGCGGAACUCUAAAUCUGAAGAACAUUGUCCAAUUCCUUAUCCAGGUAGAAGUCAAUGACGAAGAUAGCUAUGGUGAUACGGCCCUUGACUUGGCAAUUCGAAACGGCCAUGUUGGUGCUGUAAAGCUGCUUUUGCAGAACGAUGCGGAUGCCAACAGAGUAUCUUCGGAUGGCAAGACCCCCCUCUAUGCGGCCACGCAGGCACCAAACAGCGGUCGCAUUGUCGAGCUUCUGCUCAAGCACGGCGCCAAGCCUGAUGAGCCGGUCUCACAGCAGAAAGGUGACACCCCGUUGAUGUCGGCAAUUCGACUAGGCACUAGCCCCGAGGCCAUCCGUGCCCUCAUCGAGGCUGGAGCAGCCAUGGAUAGGCCAAAUGACCUUGGAGAAACGCCUGCGAGCCUUGCUGAAAAGUCUACCAACACCGCUGUCUCCAAGGCUAUUCGUCCCAAGGACGAUAAGCCAGCGUGGAAGCCUGAGCUAGAGAAUCUUCUCGUUAGCUCCGGUCUUUUCGCCCUGGCAUACUUCAAAAACUUCAAGGACGUCGGCAUAAACGCCAUAAAUCGUGUUGCUGCAUUGGCGGAGCCAUUGCCAGGCCAAACUACGUAUCCCCGCACGGUGGAAGAGUUCAAGUCAAACCUUCAUAAAUUAAUCAAGAAAAAGGGUCUUGAGGACUUCUACCCAGAGGGCAAUGAAUACGUGGCCAAGGUAGCGGAGAACGCAUUCAAGAUCCUGAACGAUUCAACCAUCCCGGGUGCAACACCCAAGAAUGUGACCAUCAUGUCCCACCUGGCGUUGUAUCAGCCUAUUCUAUACUGCGAUGAUAGUGGCUCGAUGGAUACUGACAACCGCAUGAGCCUUCAGGCAGCCAUGGUUGAAAAUAUGGCACAUCUCAUCACGGCGGCUGCUACCGAGGAUCAAAGGCUUGUUCAUCUUCGCUUCAUCAAUAAGGACGACAAAUUUGAUAAUCUCAACCCCAACGAGCUUUCCUUGAAGAUGAAUUUCUCCCCAACAGGAUCGACUAGACUGGGCUCGAACCUGAAAGAUAAAGUCUUGGAUGACUUUCUCUAUGGCCCAAUUAACAAGGGCUAUGUGCUCUCGCGGCCCCUUCUUAUCCUGACCGUCACCGAUGGAGCUCCAAACAGUGAAGAUCCUGAUGCAUACGAAAAUGAAGUCAGGGCAUCUCUGAACUUUGUGAAGGCCAACGGAUACGGAGACGAAGCCGUCCGUUAUGACCUUAGCCAGGUGGGCAACGCGCCUGAGGCUACUGCAUUUUUGGAAAGCUGGGAGAUGAAUGAUCUUGUCCCCAACAGGAUCAACGUGACUGCUGAACAUUUGGAUGCCCAGUUCGAGAACUUGAGAGACAACCAGGCUGAUCUCAAUAAUUGGCUCCUGGAGAGACUCGAAGAGCUGGUCAAAUAUUAG